CGUAGCCUGUGCCCUAGCAUUCAAUGGGACUGUCACAUGGAGACCCUCGAACAAAAGGCCAGAGAAAGAAAAACGAGCUCGAAUUAUUGUGCAAAAUUUCCAGUGAGUAGCGAAAUGGACCUGCAUGACAGCUUGACAAGCAGCCAAAUUAGCAAGUUUGAGGAUUUUGAGGCGGCAGCAGGGGCAAAAAAGAAUACAUCCCACAAUCCCUCUGAAUAUUUCCUUCGGGGCGUCGAGAAGUGGCAGCAACUGUCUCCAAAACAGAAGAUCAAGUACCUAAUAAAAAUGAGAGUUCAGACAUCGCAGGAGCGAAAAACCAGGGAGCUGGCAAUGAAGAAAAAUUCUAGGGAAAACCCACUUCAAAAUAUUCGCAGCAGAAAACUAAGGCCCAAACGCAAAGUAAUUCUGGUGGAACCCUCUUCGAGGAUUCUGCGUCCCAAGAUGAUAGCCCGACGACCAACUCCGUUGCCCAGUCCUCGGAAAAGACAGGAAAACCGUUCAAAGACUCUGCCAAAAUAUGUUCCAUAUCGUCAAAAGUCAUCGAAGUUGUGAUAAUUUUAUGUUUAUUAAAAAUUUGGUAUUAAAAACAUAUUUUAUUGA